AUGAACGCAGACUGGCCGGUGGCCGGGACAGGGUUUGGGCGGGAGAACCGGUGGCCGGCGUUCCCGCGGCCACCUCAGCGCGGGGCCGACGGGCGGCGGAGGGGUUGGGCGGGGUCGGGUUCGGGGUCGACCCUACGUGGCCGCCGCCGCCGCAGCCGAGGGACUCGCAGGGCCUCCGACCGAAGGCUGCCGGAACUAGCGGGCGAGAGGCGCGGGGCCACUAACAAGCGCCCCCGGCCCCUCGAGGCCCGUGAGCCAUGGCGGGCGCCCGGCGAGUCCGCCGCUCCACAGCGAGUGGCUAGCCGGCCCACCCUCUGCCUACUGCCCGCCCUCUGCCUCCUGCCGGCGAGCGCAGCCCCUGCGCUCAGCGCCCCCGCCUACGCCAACUGCGAGCUCAAGCCCCAACAAAGUGAAUUGAAUUCCUUCUUGUGGACCAUCAAGCGAGACCCACCGUCUUACUUCUUUAGCGCGAUCCGUCCGUACACCCGGGUUUGGGACUUCAUCCCUGACAACUCCAAGGAGGCUUCGGCAGAGCUGGACCUCAUGGACCCCUCUACCAUCUCAGCUCUCACCAGCUGUCAGAUGCUGCCCCAGGGUGAGAACCUCCAGGACAUGCUCCCCAGGGACAUCUACUGCCAUCUCAAGCGCCACCUAGAGAACGUCAAGCUCAUGAUGCCCUCAUGGAUGACUCCUGACCAGCGCCGGAAGGGUCUCUAUGCAGACUACCUCUUCAGUGCCAUUGCUGGGAACUGGGAGUGGAAGAGGCCCAUCUGGAUCAUGCUCAUGAUCAACUCCCUGACCGAAGCGUACACCAAGUCCCGUGGGGUGCCCGUCUUAGACCUGUGCCUUGCCCAGGAGGCCAAGCGGCUGAGGAAACAGACGGGGGCAGUGGAGAAGGUGGAAGAGCAGUGUCAUCCCUUGAAUGGGCUGAACUUUUCGCAGGUUCCCAAUUUUAUUAAUGCCACGCUACUGCCCCCGGAACGCAUCACCGCUCAGGAGAUUGACAGCUACUUCCGCCGGGAGCUUCUACAAAAAAAGAAUGAGUUUAAUGAUAUUCAAAUAAAAUUGUUAGUAGAAAAAAUAAGGGAUCAAACUGCUGCAUUUCUGAUGGUUUUUCUCACCGCAGGGCAUUUCAUGGGCAACAACACAGUUCUGGAUGUCAUUCGGCGUGAAGGCUAUGAGGUAGAAUACGCCCCCGCUGGAUGACCCAUCAACAAAGGCAAGAGUAAAAGCCCCGCAUUGCGUCCUGCUGCCUCCUUGGCUCCGGAAGCGCCGACCCCGGAAGCACCUCUACCGGAAGCUGGGGCCGCUGGGCGCUCACUGUUACAGCCCUACGCGUCUCUGCCUCACGUGACUGUGCCCGGAAGCAUGGACUUCACAGAGGCAGAAAGAAAGUUCCGGAAGAAGCGGAGACGGCCUUAGCGGAGGCAGUGGCUUCGGCAGUUCAGCGACCUGUGCCUCUGACUGGAGGAGAGUGCUGUGGGCCCACAGCUCCAGGUCCCUGUUCUGGACGGGCACAUCUCCGCUGAGCUGUGGCUCUCUCACCAUGGACAUUCCCCCAACAGCCAGACGGUGGCCAGCAGUGCCUGCCUGUCUCUCUGGAUCCCUGCGUUCUGGGUGCUGGAGCUGGCUUUCCAGACAGAGGCACUCUUCCUGUACUGACCAGAGGAGCCAAGCCAAGACCCUGGCCCCUCGGACUUGAAGGCCAGUCAUUCCUGUACCCACACUCUGGUCAGGCCCUGAUAGGCCCAACCCAGGAGAAGAGACUCCAAAUAAAGCCAGUGUUGCUUCUCCUUUUUCCAAGGAAUGACUUUGGGUUUUCUAGCAAUCCUUGGGGUGGGUGGGGGGAGUUGUACAGCUUUGUAACGUAAUGAGCUGUAUGAAGAUAAGUAAUGGUAAAUGAAUCGUAUGGAAAUAAUUAAAUACCUUUUUGUGUGUGUGUA